UUGGACACAGUGGGAGCAGCUUUUUCCUUAUUGGAUUGUUUCUCUGUAACUGGGAGGGGCUUAUUCAAAUAAACAAAUAGCUUAUAAAACACCAGGAGCUCUUCUGUGUUGUGGAGCUUUUUGGAGGGACAGCUUUGUAACAAGAAAAGCCAGCGAUUGCUGCCAUGGCGGGGAAGCCAGUCCUUCACUACUUUGAUGGCAGGGGAAGAAUGGAGCCUAUCCGGUGGCUCUUGGCCGCAGCUGGAGUAGAGUUUGAAGAAAAGUUUCUGAAAACUCGGGAUGACUUGACAAGAUUGAGAAAUGAUGGGAGUCUGAUGUUCCAGCAAGUGCCCAUGGUAGAGAUUGAUGGGAUGAAGCUGGUGCAGACCAAAGCUAUUAUGAACUACAUUGCCAGCAAAUACAACCUCUAUGGGAAGGACUUGAAGGAGAGAGCCAUCAUUGACAUGUAUGCAGAAGGUGUGGCGGAUCUGGAGAUAAUGGUUCUCUAUUACCCCCACAUGCCCCCUGAGGAGAAAGAGGAGGCCCUUGCUAAGAUCAAGGACAAAGCAAGGAACCGCUACUUCCCUGCCUAUGAAAAGGUGCUAAAGAGCCAUGGACAAGAUUAUCUCGUUGGCAACAGGCUGAGCAGGGCUGAUGUUUCCCUGGUUGAACUUCUCUACCUUGUGGAAGAGCUGGACCCCACCGUUAUGGCGAACUUCCCUCUGCUGAAGGCCCUGAGAACCAGAGUCAGCAACCUCCCAACUAUGAAGAAGUUUCUUCAGCCUGGAAGCCAGAGGAAGCCUUUUGAUGAUGAGAAAUGUGUGGCAUCAGCAAAGAAGAUUUUCAGUUAAUUCAGGCAGAUAUUGACACAUAGCACCUGCAAGGCUAGCCUUCUAUGCUUUGCAGCAAUGAAGUGUUUUGAUUAAAUGCUGGUGUUACUUAUUGGGAGGCUAACACAUUUUUAAGGCUUAUGUGUUAUUUUAUAUAGACACGACCACUGCAGAAUUGCUGGGAUGCUAUUUGGUUGUAGUAAAAAAUGAAAUCAUGAUUACUUCCUGUGAUAGUUCCUUGAGUUUCAAUAAAAGAGGACAAGUUUCUUAAACUCUA